UAAAUGACUUUAGAUACAAUUUUAAAAACUGUUAUUAUAAAAUUAAUAAAUUCAAUUAUUUAAUUAUUAUAAGAGUUAAUAAUUUUCAAUUAUUAUAAAAGUAAUUAUAAAAAUAGAUUUCAAUUAAAUUCUACACAAAUAUCAUAUAUGGGAUGUACGUUGGAUUUGAGAUACGUAGAUGAAAAAACAUGAUUGAGAUACAAUUUUUUAAAAGUGAUCAAGUUCUUUGAUAAAUUAGCCAUCGACAAAUCAAGUAGAUAUUUUACACUAAUAAUAUAAUUUUAUUAAAAAUAAAAAGAGGAUAUAUUAAUUACACCUUAUUAAAGAUUGUUAUUACAAGUAUUUUGACAUUUGUAUUCUUUAAUAAAAAUUGAUGUUGAAUCCUUUAUUUAAACACAGACUCAAUACUAAAAAUAUUAAUUUAUUCUUAUAAAGAUCACUCGUCUGAUGAGAAGUUGUAACUCCAUAUUAAACAAAAAGAAAUACUCUAUGCACCUUAGUGAGCUUCACACAUUUACCAAAUAAAUCAUACUUGCUGGAUACUAAUUCAUGGGCAUCAAUUCAUAUUUUUGUCACAAUAAGUAUCCCAACAUUUCAUUUCUCCCUGUCUUUGCAAAGAGCAAACCAAAUGAUGGUUUCCAUUACCAUGGAAGAGCUUCACCAAUUUCACAAAAAAGAUCGUGAAGUUUUCUCUUGCUUGGUUAUCAAAUUGGGUCGGGACCCCGCACAAUCUCUUCUAAUCAUGGCCUUGUGGCUUUGGCUAGAAAACAUUGGGUUCCCAAAUGUUAUUUCAAAAUUGGCUAGUGUUUCAGACAUUCUAGUCAAUGGUCUCGCAGAUGAAGGUGAAAAAUGUUUGAAGUGGUUGGACUUAGAAAAUGCUCGCAUUCCAAUCGUUGGUGGAUUGCCUCUAACCUCAACAAUAAUUCAUGGGGAAAUUUCUCUUCAACUCAUCAGUCAAAAAAGGUUCACUGCCAUAGCUAGUAUUAAGAGUAUUCUCUAUAAAGUGUGUGCCCGAAUUUUCACUGAUAUUUUACAAAAUGUUUUGUGUAACACUAGCACUAGAAUAAUGUCACUACCUAGCAAUUAUAGACCCUUGAUUGUUCCUGGUUUUCCUCAUCCACUAUUUGGUUCCUUUAUUAUUCCACCAAUAAAUUUUGAGGAAUUGGAUUUGUCUGACCCAAGGAUAUGGGAAAAUAAGGGACCAUGUGAUGAUGUCACCGAUGAUGACAAAACUAUGUUCUUAACAUUUUCUAGAGGCUUCCCUGUUACCGAAGAAGAGGUGAGAAAUUUAUUCACGAAUGCCUUUGGGGAUUGUAUCAAGGUUUUGAAUAUGUCGAAUUCAGACACAAGUGACCAAGUUUUGUUUGCCACUUUGGUUCUAAAAAAUGUGCAAACGGUUGAUCAAAUUUUGAAUGGAAAACAUAUUGCAAAGUUUCGGAUCAAUGGAAAACACAUUUGGACUCGCAAAUACGAGCGUAGAGACUAGAAAACCAAAGUUAGCUACAAAACUAGACACAAAACGCAUAUGUUCCUUGUUUCUUUCUUUGUUUUUUUUCUUGUUCUGUUUAGUACUACAAUACCACAAGGGAAAGACAAUUGGUAAAUUCACAUUUACCAACUUUUGUACUAAAUUGAUUCCCUUGUGCUAUUAUUUAACGUGUUUUGUUACACUUUAUCUUA